CUGUUAUGUAGUUUUAUUAUUGUCGUCGCACAUCGAAACGAUCCCCGCCUAUUCACCUACUCCCGACGGAAAUUUGAAUGAUUUUUCUCUGAAGGUUCAGUCCGGACGUGUUCUUGUAAGAGUUGCGGGCUAUUUUUUCCUCUUUUAAAAGCUGCAAAACUAAGUUGCAGUCGAGCGAUCACCUCGGAGUGGCGAAGUUGACUUCUCUUCCCGGAGAAAUUGGAACAACUAAUCUUCUAUUCAUCCCGUCAGGUCAUGUAAGCUGGUGGUCAUGGGGGACAUCAAGAAAGGAAAGAAAGUUUUUGUCCAGAAAUGUUCCCAGUGUCACACAGUGGAGGAGGGGGGGAGACACAAGGUGGGACCCAACCUGUGGGGUCUGUUUGGGAGGAAGACUGGCCAGUCACCUGGCUACUCCUACACACAGGCCAACAUCGAUAAGGGUAUAGUGUGGGGAGAAGAAACACUGAUGGUCUACCUUCACAACCCUAAGAAAUACAUCCCGGGUACCAAGAUGAUCUUUUCUGGGAUUAGAAAGAAAAGGGAGAGAGAGGAUCUUAUAGCCUAUUUAAAGGACGCCACCUCCUAAAGGAAACACACACACACAACACACAUGCAGACGUGUGGAAGGAGGCAUCAUACAUUUAGGAAAAAACACAGAAGUUAAAGGAGGCUGUCAUAUAUUUAUUUUGUCAUCAUGUCAUAUACUUGUAUGUAUAUUUGCUCAUUCAUAUCUGUGUUAGCACACUGUGGUCUGCUUUUUGCAUUGUUCCACAUUGCUGCCAUGCUUUUGUGAGUUGGAGACUGCUUUUAAUUAUGGUGUGAGUCACCCUUACUUCAACUUGUGGGUUUUCCGGAGAGUUCUCAGUCAAUGCCUCUUAAAAUAUGGCAUCCUGCUCCAAACUUAACUACUUUUCCAAAGCUUGCACAAAGCGAUACUGUAUGCACUUUGUAUUUUCACCACUUUUAUUCUUACUGUGGGAAUGGCUAUUAGGCAUUUUUGUUCUUUUUAAAUUGCUUUUUUUUUUUUAUCUUGUAUGACUACUGCUUGCUAAAUUGAUUUUCUACUACAAUCUUUAGUUAGGUAGAUGUAAUGUUGGUUCUACAUGGAUAUAAUCUAGCAAUAUUUUUGACCACAGAGUGUUAGAGUGAUUUUCAUUAUUAUCAUUAUUUUAAUGCUGGCACGUUUCAAAAUUAAGGGUUUGAUUGUUUUUUUAUAUAAUAGUUUGACAAUGAGAAUUGUUAUUAAUGUUAAAACAAUAAUUUAUCACUUUGCUUUAUGAGGACACCAAAGUGACAAAGUAAAGCAGCACUUGCAUUUAAAUCAUGUUUUUUAGUGAGCUAGUCUUUUACACUUCCAAACAAAUAUUCUUUCAUUGACUUGAAUAAAAUUUGAUUGAAGUGGA